GUGAUGUCCAAAUCUUUGGAGGUAUAUAUAGGGGUUUGGAAUACCUCCCCUUCACAUCAUUGUUCGGUGUGUGCUCAGCAUAACAGGAGCAGAGAUGAAGUUUUUGUGCGUGCUCGUUUUGGGUUUGGCCCUUGUCGCCGCAGAUGACGACGACAAAAAAACCGACAAAAAAACCACGGAGGGGCGCACUGGAAGUAAACCAGCAGCAGGUGACAAACCAGCAGGUGACGGCGAAGCAAACACGAGAUUCCUCGGAGGCGCUGGAGGCUUUGGAGGUCCAGGAGGCUUUGGAGGUCCAGGAGGCCUUGGAGGUCCAGGAGGCUUUGGAGGUCCAGGAGGCUUUGGAGGUCCAGGAGGCUUUGGAGGCCCCGUUGCAGUAAGUCCCGCUAUUGUUGCACCAAUUCCACCAACUGGAGGUUUCGGAAACUCCUUCGGUGUCACUACAGGACUGGGCGGAUUGCAGUCUGGUUUCGGAGGAGGGUUUUCCGUUAAUCCAGGAUUCGGUGGUAAUCCUGGAUUCGUUGGAGGAUUCGGUGUCAACCCUGGAUUUGGUGGUUUCAACCCCGGAUUUGGAUCGGUGGCGCCACCCAGUACUUGCCGCUACUGGUGCAGGACUCCCCAGGGGCAGGCUUACUGCUGUGAAAACAUCAACCAGCCUCAGAGCUUCGUUGGAGUGAAGCCUGGAUUCUGCCCACCUGUCCGCCCCGCCUGCCCACCCGUCAGGAGCUUCCAGCCCCCCGUCACUUGCUCCAACGAUGGGUCCUGCGGCGGCGUUGACAAGUGCUGCUUCGACACCUGCUUGCAAGAGCACGUUUGCAAGCCUCCUCAGGGCUUUGGCCGUUAACAGAUUUGUAGUAGAACGAUACCCUCGUUCGUAAUUUGUGAGCACCAUUGUGAAAAUAUCUUGAUGUGAGUGCUUAGGAUUAUGAUUGAAGUGUACAUAUUGUAAGUACUGUUCGAAUAAUCAUGGUAUGAAACAUAA